UCAAUUUGAUUACGAUUUGUAAACGUGCCCGAAGUCGCAGAAUGAGACACUUGUGAUUGCAGCUAACCGCAGUUGUGAAAUUGCUCUCUCGUUAAACCCCUGUUUCACUUCAAAUUUUGCCCAGAACCACAACCAAGCAACCAUAUUCAACACAGAGAAACAAUGGAGUGCCUCGCAAAUGCGUUCUCUGUGCUGGAGCUCGACGCGGAAGACGACGAUCCAAUGCGAUUCGCAUCUUCUGCUUCCAAUGACACUCCUAAAUCUUCAGGCAGCGAUAAGAAAGUCAUCAACUCUGAUAAAAUGUUGCUCAUAAACGAGAAGCAGAGUCAACAAAGUACAGAGAUGCUUCCAAAAGAAUACAAGAUGCCCCUGGUAUGGAUUGACUUGGAAAUGACUGGUUUAAAUGUUGAAGUUGAUCGAAUACUGGAGAUUGCUUGUAUAAUCACUGAUGGAAAAUUAACCAAGUCAGUGGAGGGCCCAGAUUUAGUUAUCCAUCAAACUAAGGAGUGUUUAGAUAGAAUGGGAGAAUGGUGUCAAACUCAUCAUGCAGCUAGUGGGUUGACGACAAAAGUGCUCGAAAGUUCGAUUAGUGAAAAAGAAGCUGAACAGCAGGUCAUAGAAUUUGUAAAGAGAAACAUUGGAACAUAUCAACCUGUCUUAGCAGGAAAUUCAGUUUAUGUGGAUUUUCUGUUUUUGAAGAAGUACAUGCCGGAUUUGGCUCGCCUUUUCUCCCAUGUAUUAGUGGAUGUUAGCAGUAUUAAAGCUCUAUGCAUUCGCUGGUAUCCUAGAGCAGAUAAUCAGAAAGCCCCUUCCAAAGAAAAUAAACACAGAGCCUUGGACGAUAUCAGAGAAAGCAUCAGAGAGCUCAAAUACUACAAGGACAAUAUAUUCAAAGCAUUUAGAAAGAAGUGACUCAAGGCGGCCUCAAACCCCUUUACUACUUCAUUACUAGCAGUUUGUGUAUUACUACUAUAAUUAUGCAUUAAAAUUAAACAAUGGAGAUGAUUUGUAUUGGGACUACAUUGAUGUUAUGCCGACCUGUCAAGUUAUAUAAUUAUGUCCGACUUA